GCAGCGGCAGCCAUGAGGGCGGCGGCCCGGCACGCAGCCGCCGCGGCGGCCGGAGAGCCGGGCAGCGAGGCCCGCGGCGAGCAGCCCCGGCAGAAGUGUGUAUAUGUUGAGCCACCUAGAAGAGUUAAAGAAAUACUGGAGGAGCACUUUCAUUUACAGAAAGAAGAAUGCAAUAUUAACCAUCCAGCUGCAGUGGCCCUGGAAGGAGUUUGGAAUGUGAAGAACAAUUUCUCCACCAGAAGUCUGAAACCAGUGUCACAGAACAGCAGCGAUUUACUUUUACAGCCUCAGUUCUACUCAAGACAUGCAAAAGUGAAAAAUUGCUGAAUGUCAGUGCUGUGAAGACCUGAGCCUGCUUUGAUGUGUCAAAUCAAACAUCAGCAUAACUAGCUACCUUUGGAAAAGUAGAUGUUUCUUUAUAGGAUUUUGAAUAAAGUUCUACUUGAAUCU